CUUUACGACGAAAAUAAAUAUUUUGGAUUAAAAUUCAUAAAAAAUAAACAAUUGACACAAUAGAAUGUGAAAAUGUUGAAAUACAUAAAACGGCAGACAAGCCGACGUCUCAGCAGCAGCAGCUCUCACGAUGCGGACGCUGACGUUGUGGAUACAGCUGCUGGAGGAGGAGAAGUGGGUCAACAGAAACGUCAUUCGUUGCGCUCCACAACAAGUUUCUGUGAUGAUAUAUUAAUGGAAGAGGAGCAACUGCAUCAGCAACAACAGGAAGGCGAGGCAGAUGGUUUAAGUUUGCUGACUGUGGAAGGAGCAGAUGAAGAUACAUUUAAAUACAAUUCACGUUUAUCAAUGACUUUAUCGGCUAUUGUAAGUGAGCCGAAUUGUUUGAGCUAUUUCAUACAAUAUUUGGAUUCGCAUCAAGCAUUGCCUUUGAUUAAAUUCUAUCUGGAUAUAGAGAACUUUAAGCGGGCAGCUUUAAUGCAAAUGGAUAAACGAGAGGAGAAAGAUAUUGAAGGUGAUGUGGAGGCGGAGGAAAAGUUACCCGAGGUAAGGGAAGAGCAAAACGAUGGAGAUCUGGAUCUAGACCUAGAUGUGGAUGAUAAUGUACCUGAAUUGAAGACGCUGUGUGAUCUAUCAAUGCGCAAACCUCUCACAGAUGAUGAGAAGAGUCUCAUCUAUGCUGAGACCAACAAGCAAUUGAACAAAAAGCAAAAGCUUUCCCUCGCAAGCAUCAAUGAUGCCUUGGCUAUAUAUCAAAAGUAUUUGAUAAAUCAUUUGGUUGAAUUGCCCAUUGUAAUAUUGGCCCAUAUAUCCUUGCUACUCUGUGGCAAGGAUAAAUCAAGUUCUUCGCAGUCCACAGCUAGGCCCAUAUUGGCCUCUUGCUUUGAUGAGGCUCGGGACUAUGUACUGCGACAGCUGGAAAGAGAUCAUCUAAGAGGAUUCUUACUGAGUAGCUAUUAUAGCAAAUAUUGUCUCGAAUUGUUGGAUGAUGAGAAAGGGGAAAAAGAGAAUUUAUCCAUAAAUAUCUAUGAUGUGCUAUAUAGUGAAUUGGCCUUGUUCUACUUUACCGAAUUCUUGGAACAACAUCAGGAACGUGAGGGUCUGGAAUUCUGGAUAAUGGCUAUUAAUUUUCGCAAGAGCUAUAAUGAUAACGAUGAGGAAAAUAACAAUGCAAGUGAAGCUAAAUCGGAUGCCAUGAUUAUAUAUGAGAAAUAUUUCUCAUUGCAAUCGCCAAGUCAGUUAUGGUGCUCCAAGCGAUUGCGUUCUCAUGUAGAGCAGGCCAUCUGUUCGGAGCUUCAUUUGGCCCAGGCAUUUGAUUUGCCAUUGCGGGUUAUAGCCAAAUAUUUGGAACAAAAAUAUUUUCAAGAUUUUCUCAAAUCUAACAUAUUCGAUAACUAUCUAAACGAAUUGAGGGCUAAAAGUGUGGUAAAACUAAGUGAUAUUGAAUCCUCGUCCUCCACCGGAUCCGCCACAUUGUCUUCGUCUACGAAUCUCCAGCAUAAAUUGAGUCUGCGUCGAAAUCCCAAAGUGAAUGCCCAGCAACGUCAUCGGAAAACGCUCUCGAUGUCGGAUUGCACCCAUAUAUCACAGCAUAAUACUUUAUUGGCCUCCAUGGAUAAUACGAAAAAUCAUGUUUCCCAUCUCAAUAUCGAUUCGCGGCAACUAACCAAUCCUCAAUUGCUGUGGGAACGUCCACGCGGUGCUUUGAAAUUCGGUCAUGUCAACUCUCUGGGACGUUACGAGCGAGACUUUGAGGGGGUGGAUUCCUCCAUGACGAAUUUGAAAUCCCAGCAACCUUGGUCACAAUUGAAGAGCGCCGUCAGGAAAUUAGUUAAUCUGCCGGAGGAAAAAGUACAAGAGGAAAUCGCUUGGCAGGUGGCCGAAAUGAUUGUUAAGGAUGUGACAAGCGUUACCCUAAAAGGAUCCAAGGCCUUGGUUUAACUAAGAACGAUCAAUGCUUUGCUUUAACUAUUUAAUCCUUUUGGUUUUGUUUCAUUUAGCGGCGCUCAAACUUAGCCUUGACCUAAAGAAUCUCCUAGAAAAGUGCACAAAACAAAAAAGAUAAAACAGCUCUCUAUGCAAAAACCAAGAAACUGAUGAAACUAAAAUCUAUUCUAUAUUUUGAACAAAAUAUUAUUUUUUAUUCUUAUUAAGUUAAUACAAUUGUUUAUUUAUGCUGAAGUUUAGGCUUUGAAAGCCAGCACAAAUGUUAACACAAAUGCUCUCUGUUGCUCUCUCUUUCUUUUUAUCGGAGUUUUAUGCGCGAUUUCAAAGCGUUAAAUUAAGGCUCUGAUGAAGUUAUGUAUUGAAUUUUUGUAUUAAACUCUAUUUACUCUCAUUUGUUAUGUAAA